AUGCUUGAAAAUCAAGGCAUGGUUCAUGGCUUACCUCAUUUGGAGCAGAUUUCAGUGGUUUGUGAUGGUUGUAUGCAAGGAAAGCAGCACAGAGACUCUUUUCCUUUGGAAUCCAGUUGGAGAGCAACAACUCCUUUGGAAUUGGUUCACACAGAUAUCUGUGGACCAAUGAAAACAGAAUCAUUAUCUGGAAACAAGUAUUUUCUGCUUUUUACAGAUGAUUGCCCUAGAAUGUCGUGGGUGUAUUUCAUUAGAAACAAGUCAAGUGCAUUGGAGUGUUUUAGAAAAUUCAAGGCUAUGACUGAGCUGCAAAGUGGGCAGUUAACAGUGGCAUACUCCCCUCAGCAAAAUGGAGUAGCUGAGAGGAAGAAUAGAACAGUGGUGGAAAUGGCCAAAUCCAUGUUGCAUGAGAAAGGUAUCCUUUAUGAAUUUUGGACAGAAGCUGUAAAUACUGCAGUUUAUUUGCUGAAUAGAUGUCCCACCAAGGUUCUCAAGAAGGUAACACCAUUUGAAGCCUAUACUAGCAGAAAACCAGGAAUUGCACACUUAAAAGUAUUUGGAUCUCCUUUUCACGUGCUUAUUCCUUCAGCUUUGAGGCAUAAGCUUGAAGAAAACAGUCACAAGUGUAUUUUUGUAGGCUCUGGUCUCUGUGAAAAGGGAUAUAGGCUGUUUGAUCCAAGUACUAGGAAGGUUAUUCUGUCCAAAGAUGUGCAAUUUGAUGAAAAUGGUUUAUGGAAAUUGGAGAAUGCUAGAGAAUGA